GUCCCCUCUCUUCAAUUUUCCAGCUGAUAUACUCUUCUCUCCCUCUAUUUAUUAUUACUGCCACUAAAUACCAAAUAGAUUGAAUCUGUUUCAACAAUGGCUUCCAUCAUUGAAUCUGCUUGGACGUAUCUUAUUACAAAUUUCAGCGAUUUCCAAUUGACUUGUCUUGGAGGUUUCGUUCUUCAUGAGAGUGUCUUCUUCUUGUCUGGACUCCCGUUCCUUCUUUUUGAAAGGGCAGGGUGGUUUGGAAAGUACAAAAUUCAGAAGAAGAAUAACAGCCCGGCAGCUCAGGAGAAAUGUAUCACUCGUCUGCUGCUGUAUCAUUUUUGUGUUAAUCUCCCAAUCUUGAUUGGAUCAUAUCCUGUCUUUAAAUUCAUGGGGACACGAAGUAGUCUUCCACUGCCGUCCUGGAAAGUGAUUUCAACGCAAAUAAUAUUCUAUUUCAUCUUGGAGGAUUUUGCAUUUUAUUGGGGACACAGGAUUUUACAUACGAAAUGGCUCUACAAGCAUGUCCACAGUGUCCAUCAUGAGUACGCAACACCAUUUGGGUUGACUUCUGAGUAUGCUCACCCUGCUGAAAUUCUCUUCCUUGGAUUUGCUACAAUAAUUGGUCCUGCAAUCACGGGGCCCCAUUUGAUAACAAUAUAUCUCUGGGUCUCACUUAGAGUCCUUGAGACAGUUGAGGCACAUUCCGGGUACCAUUUCCCUUGGAGCCCGUCAAACUUCUUGCCGUUAUAUGGGGGGGCUGAUUUUCAUGAUUAUCAUCAUCGACUGCUCUAUACGAAGUCCGGAAACUACUCAUCGACAUUUGUUUACAUGGACUGGAUAUUUGGUACUGACAAGGGUUACAGAAAAUUGAAGUCGCUGAAGGACAAUGAACGUUUCGAAGCUGAGGGCAGAGAAAAAAUGUGAACAAGACGGGAAGGGGAAUAAAACUAUGCCUUCUUGGGCAUCAAACUACGGGUUUCCGGUAGAAAUAGUAUAUAGGCCAAGGCUCAAAUUGUUGUAACUAGUCAUCUUGUGCGUUUGUUGUAUUCAUCUGUGGUCUUAAGAGUAACAUUUUUAUGUUAAGGUGGAUCAAUUAGAAGCUUGUACUGGAAAACUUUUUCUCCCUGCAAA